AUGGCAUCCACGGAUCGCGAAGCACUGAUUGCCCUGUUUCGUUCGACCGGCGGGGCUGGAUGGAAGCGAAGAGACAAAUGGGACACAGAUGCUGUCCUAGCGACAUGGGAUGGAGCUGAAGUCAACGACCAAGGCCGAGUGGUCGGGCUUCACCUGUCGUCGAACAACCUACAAGGCAACAUCCCGCCAGAGCCAGGAGAUCUCCGACAGCUGCAGAGGCUGUGCCUCAGCGACAACCACCUCACAGGGCCAAUACCCAAGGAGCUGGGAGCUCUAGCAAACCUGACGUCCCUGGCUCUUCAGGACAACAAGCUCACUGGCCCCAUCCCCGUGGAGCUUGGACGGCUCGCCGUACUGGAGUACCUCGACCUUGGGGUGAACAAACUAACUGGUCCUAUCCCUCCGGAGCUAGGGAAGCUUGGCGCCUUGAAGGCACUCGAUCUCAGCAUCAACAAGUUAGAUGGCAACAUCCCGCCAGAGCUAGGAGAUCUCCGACAGCUGCAGAGGCUGUGGCUCAGCGACAACCACCUCACAGGACCCAUUCCCAAGGAGCUGGGAGCGCUGAGUAAGCUGAAAGACCUUCGGCUCGGAAAAAACGGGCUCACAGGUGCGAUCCCGACGCAGCUCGGCGCUCUCACUAAGCUCACGUGGCUCAACCUGUCCAGCAACGAGUUAGAUGGGCACAUCCCACCACAGCUAGGGAAUCUGCGCGCCUUGGAGAACCUCUACCUCGCUAGCAACUCUUUAGAGGGUGCGAUCCCCGCUCAGCUCGGCGCUCUCAACAGUGUAACGUGGCUCGACCUGUCCUACAACCAGCUCAGCGGACUCAUUCCCAAGGAGCUGGGAGCGCUGAGUAAGCUGAAAAGUCUUUUGCUCGGAGGAAACCGGCUCACAGGCACCAUCCCGGCGGAGCUGGGAAAACUCACGGCACUGCUAGGGCUAUACCUCAUCGGGAACGAGUUGAGCGCUCUCUGGGACCAUACCCAAGAUGUUCAAGAUAUCGACCCCAAAGAGAGAGGUGACAGCAUGUCAGGUGGAACAAUGCCCAGCCAGCUGUGCCGGUUGCUUGACGUCCUCGACCCUGUUCCAUCGAGGUACGUUGGCCUCGGGGGCAACCCAUGGACUGAACCACCAGAGUCGGUCGUGGCCAAAGGUCCGAAGAGUAUCCGAGGAUAUUUCGAAGACCUGUAUGCGGAGCCCUGCCGGAUCACGCGCAGCAGCGUCAAGGUUGUACUUGUCGGGCAGGAAGGCGCGGGAAAAACGAGCUUGCGCCAAAGCAUGAAGGCCAACAAAGCAUCUCCUACGGGCAAGUGGAAUGAGGAGAGCACUGUGUUUGCGAACGUGGAACCCAUGGAGCUAGACGGCUCAUCCGUCCGGGUGUACGACUGUGCUGGACAGGUCGCCUACACGGGGCUGCUGCAGAUGUUCCUGACGCCACGGUCGGUUUGCGUGCUCGUGUGCAACGCGGGGGAGUUCGGACAGCGGCGAGGUAGCGAAGACUGUGGUGAGGUUGAGCAGGAAGACUGCCGCAAGCUGGAAGAAUUGCGGGUUUGCGAUUGGUUGCGAUCGAUAUCUCGACGCGUCCCCGACAACGACGUCAUCCUCGUCGCCACCAAGUGUGACCUGGUGGGCGGGAACGCAGGGGAAAUUGGCAGUAGAAUGGAGAAUUCCUGUCGGACGUGGCUAUCGGGCUGGGUUCGCAAUGGUAUGCAGCCCGUGCGGUUGGAGCCUCACGUUUGCCUCACGAGCUGCUUCCCAAUAAGAGUUGGUGAGCACGGCGAGAGAAGCGCUGGGAACCAUGUGUGGAAGGGGGGUUGGGCGUGCGACUGGCGAAACGUGGAAGACGAUCAACCCUCGCCCAGUUUUCUUCACCGGCUCGUCAACAAGCCUGACGGAAGGGGUCUCCGCGGAGCUCAGAUGGUGCUUCCUCGCAGCUGGGAUGUUGCCCUCGCUGUUCUGGAAGCUCUCGAGCAUGGACGAGAUCCCGUGGAGGUGGUAUUACGCAAGUCUCCCGAACCUGACAGAGGAGAUGAGACGGAAACGGGGGGCAAAGCAGACGUGUAUCAGGGGAUCACGGUCGAGGAGCUCGGCACCAAAUGGCAGGAAACAGUGGACGAGCUUGAGCGGAGAGGAAUCACCGUCACAAACAUGAUGAAUGCCUUGGAGGGAGCUCUCUCCAUUAGGGAGUUCGACGGAUCACUCGUCCGCCACGAGAAAUUUGUCUUUCUGGACGUCGUUUGGCUGUCGAGAAUCCUCAAGCCCUUGCUCAAUCACAAGGAUCAACGGACCUUUGACGGCCGCGUGAAGCUUGGGGACACGGGCGACACGCGCAUCACCCUCCACGACCAGUCAGACAUCGAUUCGUGGGACAGGCUCAAGAGCGAGGGCGUGCUUGAGCCCAGGUUGGCGAAUGCCAUGUGGCCGCAUGGUCUGUCGGAGUAUGUCCUCCCUACCCUUGUAUCCGUUGGUCUCACUUUCCCGCUUGAAGGCGAUCCUGAUGCCGGCCUGGUAGUUCUGCUUAGGCUAGAGCCACACCGCCCCGAGAGUGUCGGCGAAGUGAUCGACACAUUCUGCUCAAAGCACACCCCGGCAUUCAGCGCCAGUUGGGAGAUUUUCCUCGGUGUACCGCCUGGUGCGAUUGAAAAGGUGCUGACACGGUGCUGCGGUCUUGGUGACGUGCAAACCUUCUGGCGAUAUGGGGUUCUGGUGCAUGGUGGUCUCGGCGACCUAGAUGGGCGCGGGAUAUUCGCUGUGGUUGUGGAAUACUCAUCCACUGACAAUGAGCUCACUGCUCAGAUUUUCGGCGAUAUCAGCACUCCAGCUCCGUGGGUGGCGCUGUCAUACGUCAUGUCUGCCGUGAGCUUGAUGCUGGUGGAUUUUCCAGGACUGCGCUGGAAAGGCUGUUUGAAGUGUCCUCAGCAUGGUAACGAGAUGCCCUUCGCCAACAAGGUGAAUCGCGCUGGAGACAAGUUUCUGGAACGCAAAUGCCCACGUUGCAGUCCUGAAACCAGGGGCCUCGGGGCCGCGGCUAUCGAUCUGGUCUGCUUGGUGGAUAUCCGACUGGACCGAGACGUGAUUUUCCGGGAGGUGAAGGCCAGGUUUGUCGUCCUGGAGAGUCAGUACUUCUCUUGCCCGACGGGUAGCUCCAAGACCGAGGAUGAGUUGUUGCGAAAGAUCGAAGACAUGGCCAUCGCUAUGAAGGUGAUGACGGGAAGGCUGGACACGGUGCUAGAAAGCACCCAGGAAAGCCUGAUGCGCCUGAAGAACUUACAGGCCCCGAACUACCUUUACCCCCGCCUUGUGGUUGUCAAGAAGGAUGGAAAUGGUGGCAGAUCUUCGAGGGCCACAGGGUGGAAAAGGUGUCUCCCGAGCAAACUUCGUGGCAUGGGAAAGAAGGACAUGACCCUGCACUUCUUGUGCCCGGUCGACAUGACUGAGGUGCCGUGCGGCCCUGGUGGUGAAGGCUAUCGAUUUCGGGAGAUGCGUGACUGGGUGAAGAAAAUAUCACCUGUCCUUCAGGUGACCUUGGUGACCGCGAAGGUGGCGCUGAACGCGGUGACGGGAUUGAACGUGGAUGUCUCGGGUUUCCUGAAGGACGUGCAGGACGGGUUGUUGGGUGAGAUCGUCGACCGCACUCUCGACGAGGACGCGCUACUUCGUGCUGUUUCGGGUGACGGCGCCAUCGACACAGACUUGCAAAGGGAUACGAGGGCCUCGUACGAAGCGCUGAAGGCUUUCAUGGAAAACGAGGAACGCAGGAGGCGGAAGAACGCCAGGGAUGGUGAUGGCUACAUAGACUUCAGGGACAAGAUGAAGCUUUUACCAGACGGGAGAGGGGGGGAGGUGUGGAUUCGGAACGAGAACGUUCAAAAGUGGCUAGACUCAAAUUCGAGCCCUGCACCAUCGCGCUAGCAUUGUUCUCGUUCGUUUUGUGAACUCCUUAGGAUGGGAGGGGACGGACCGGCGAACCGCGAAAGGGUUGUUGGAACCCGAAAGAGAGGAAUCAGCGAAGUAGGGGAGGGGGCUGCAGAAGUCUCUCGCUCUGGUAGCUCUACGAGUGCGUGGGGUCAAAGACAACACGUGGGAAAACGGAAGCAAAGAAAGGGCCCUUCUCGUUGCUGCUGAAAUGUACGUCGUAAACUCCUCCCGGUGGAGGUUACGUAUGUCAUCUGCGUCCACCGUGUUUUCGACUUUGUUCUUGUUUGCUCUUUCUGUGCAGUCGCACAGGCGAGGUGUGUGUUUGCUUU